AGACGAUUGUCUGGUUCAAAGUCUCCGUCUCUCCACUCGAACCUGUCUUGUCUGUAGAGAACCCGUGGUGCAUGCACGAGGAGUCGGGGAUUUAGCAACUUUCCCUGCCCAUGCUCGUUCUCUCAUUUACACCGUCAUUAUCUGCAUACGCCUUCUGAAUAGGACCAUUCCAUCCUCAUUCUUCCAUUCUUUCCAGAAUCGAUUCUCUGCCUGUGCGCAUUCCGCUCCUUCCCCCGCUGUCGCGUGGGUGAAGGCAUUCUUUGCUGAAGACCUCUCGCUGCGACCAUGGGGAAUUCAUCUCCCCCGUUCCUUUACGGCCACCCUGAUGCCUUUAGCUUCAAGGGACCGACAGAUCAUGCUUUCAAUCCGAAAGCCGUGACGCAGUCGAGCUGGGCUCGGCCACCGCCUAAAAAGAAGCAGAAAGGACCACUGGUUAAUUUCAACCGACACCCAGACUCGUACUACAACAUUCCCGAUGGCCGCUCACGCUGGUCUCCAAUGAGUCCAAGGACAAAGGGAAAUGUUCUUUAUGGUCGGAGGAUACAACUCGGGCUACGGGUUCUUUCGUUGAUUGGCGCCCUUGGCUCCUUAUUCUGUGCCAUCGUCAUCCAGAAUAUUGCGACAUCCAUUGUAUGGAUUAUUCGGGUCGCGCCCGCGAUAGCAAUUCUCCACACUGUUUAUGCCAUCUACCACCUAUGCCGCUCCCCGGUUACCAGGCCUCCGGGCUCGCAAGCCAGCUACAUGCUGUUCGCCUCAACGCUAGACCUGGGUCUAAUUCCCUUCUAUGUGUUUACGGCCUAUUUGGGGUAUAAAGAGUUUAACGCCGAGGCGUCAUAUAGCUGGAAGACACUCUUGAGCGCUGAUCCCGAGGUCAUCAUCAAGAUUGCGCAGUCGACAUUUUAUCUUGCGGUUAUCAAUGGAGGAAUUCACUUAAUUUCUCUUGUCCUAUCCGCUUUCCUCUUCAACAUCUUCCGCCAGAUUGCGCGGCUACCCCCGGACCUCAACCCCCUAGAAGACAACUUGACGGCCCGUCCUCACAAGAGGACUAAAUCGGAGAUUGCCGAGAAACAUGUCAGCAGUUCUACGCUCGAUUCCACUCACUCGGUUGCACAGCCCUUGAUUAGUGCACCUCGCACGAUUCCGUUUACGCACACGAGGGCUAAAUCUUCAGAGGACAAUACACUACGCCCUCCUGUCGAUAUGUCCAAACAACGGGGCGGUUCGCAAACUUCCAUACCGCAAAUGCCCUUCCAGUACAGAGAAAAUACCCUCGAGGAAACGUACGAGAUACCACUGCACGGCACACACUUCGAGGCCCGUCCUACCUCUUCAAUCCCUUCUAGUACUCCGAUGCGCCAGCCGUCUCCGGAAGUACCCACUCGCUCUCAGUGUGUUAGUCCUGCCUCAGACAACUGGGUUGCGUACUCGUCACGUUCCGUUUCUCUGGCUGACGACGCAAAAAAUGAGGGGCAAGCUCACCGCGAACCAUCAUCCGUUUACAGCAGAUCGGAAACACCCGCAUCUGCAAAUGGCGUGGUCGACUGGAUGGGAAUUGCUCAGAAAUAUGGAUGGGAUAUCGGCGAAACCAUAUCAGAAGAUGUUCGUGGCGAGUACGAGUCUUUGGCUAUGCAUGAAUAUUACGGCAAUGAGGAGGAUAAUCACAAUGUACGCAAAAAUGGAUUAUACGACCAUGAUGAGGGCGACGAGCAUGACAUUGGGGAUCACCGCAUUGAUAUUUACCAGGACAAUGGAGACAGCGACGAGGAGUAUACAUCGAAUGCCCUCAAGGUCAAUCCGCUUGGACUAAACCCGCCAACCCCUCAGCCUACCCUCGAUACUUCAAGCCAGCCUAAAAGAACGCCUAGUCGUAUGGUCCUCGGUGAUAUUCCUAACCUAUCCCCAACACCGCCUGCGCAAAAAGUACCCCCUCUCGAGCGCCCCGAGAAAGAUGGGCAGUUCUAUGGCGAACCAGAUGGAAUGGCUACUACUGGUGCUAACUUGAAGUCCGGAAAGAAAACCAAAUCUUCCAAACGCAAGACUAAUAAGCAAAAUUCAUAUGGCGCCCUUAAGCAGCCCGAUGAAGAUGGCGCAAAGGACCAUGAGACUUCCCCGCUUACUGAUCCUAGCGUGGCCGAAGGAGACCGCAAGGGCCGUGUUGUGAGUAAUUCGGGUGCCAACUUCGGUCGUCGUGUUGGUCAAAGAUCAGAUUUGUCCUACGGAAAUUAUAUCGCGAACCUCGGUGUUGGAAGAAGACGUGAUGUUAGCGGGAAGAUGGCCGAAGAGGGCCGAGGCGGUAUCGAUAGCCCUAAGACCAACAACUCUACGCCCAGGGCUGCUGGAUGGGCUCGCUUCGCUGGGCUAUGAUAUGUGAUAUCUGGGUCUCGAUUUAACUAAAUGGAAGAAAUGGAGGAACAAAACAAGCUUUUAUGGACUUGCAUGUGACACCGGAAUAAUGCGUUGGAUGAAAGAUGAGAUAUUCAUGAUGAUGGAUGGGAUAGGAUAGGAUAGGAUAGGGUGGGAUGGGAUUCGGAUCUUCCUUGUGAUACUCACUUGCCAUUUUGUACUUAACUGUUUGGAGUAAAUUAGGGCUGAUAGCUUAGGAAUAAAUACCAUGAUACCUAACUCUACGG